AACGACAAAACGUUAUGAACGAAAGUUCAUAAAUUAUAUUUUGAAGAGAAUCUUUAGACAAACAAGACAAGAUGCCGCGCCUUAAGCCCACUCUCAAGACCGAUGUCAUCGGCAGCCUGGACCUCAAUCCCGAGGAGUCCGUGGGCGAGUAUCUGCUCUCUCGCCAGCAGGAGCGCUUUUUCGUAAAGCCGCCCAAUUGGGAUUCGGCUGGCGACUCCAUUGAGAUGCUCUACAUAGCCAAUGCCCGGGAGAAUGAUGCCAUGCUGGUACUGCAGCGUCAGCUGCUGGAGGAGGCCCAUCACCAGAGCGAGCUCAACCAUCAGCGCAUCGCCCAGAUGUAUCGGAUGCAGGAGCGCUUGAGGAAGCGCUUCAUUGAGGUGAAUGGGUUUAUUAAGGACUGCGCGGACAAGAAGCGCACGGCUGAGACCAUCAUACGCCAGCAGGAGGCACUCCAUGACGAGCUGGCCAAAGGCAUCGAUGAGUUCAAGCGAUCGAUUAGCGUCCUAAAUGCCUUUCGAACUGAUCUCAAGGCGACUGUGCGCGAGUUCGAGCCGUACGAGCGGGUGCUCGAUGAGGUGGUAGAGAAAUCGGACAUUUUUGUUUCCCCAAAGGAUUGCCUGGAUCGUUGCGAUGCAUUGAUGCUUGCCCAGGUCGAGAUCAAUGAGCUCGAGAACAAGAAGCUGCAGGAGAUCGAGGAAAUGCGCCUGCGCAUGGUCAAGAUUACGAACGAGGCAGCCCUGACCGUGCUGGGCCUAAAGAACGAUCUGGCCAAGCUUGAGCGCUCCUACAACCAGUCACGUGCCCUGGGUCUCAGGUGGGAGACCACGCUGAGCCUGUGCAAGGACACGAUUAGCAACAACGAUUUGGACAAAGAUCGUGCCCUGGACGGCCUCCAAAUACUGUACCGCAUGUUAUGCAAGCGUCGCGAUAUCGACGCCCACUUCAAUCGACGCGAUGUCGAGAAGAGCGUCGACUUCAUCAAGCGCGAAAUAGAGCUGCUGAACCUCGUGCUGCGCGAGCUAGAGAAGAGCCCCACCAAAGGCAGCAAGUCGGCCCCCCAGGAGGGCGCUCUAUGCGGCUAAAGGCGCACCGUUUUAGACUACUCUAAGUUCUCUGAAUAAAGUUGAGAGGCAUUGCAAAACACGGGCCUAUGUGAAUUGGGAACUUAUUGCGCAUUCGACCAACCCUUGAGUAAACCAAUUCCCGAAGCAUAUGCCUGUGUUUUGCAAAUUUGUUGCCCAAGCAAAUC